AUGUCGUCAUUGUCAAUUGUUCGACCUGAAAUUCUCGUUGUGGGUAAUCGUUGUUACCGUAUUAAUCCAUCAUCUUUACCAAGUCUUGAGUCCAUUGAUAAUCAACAACAUCAAGUAUACCGAGAGGAAGAAGAAGCAGAUUAUUAUAUUGAUCACCGACAUGAUGAUGAUGAUGAUGACGAUGAACCAAGUUGUAGACCACAACAAAAAACCACAACAAUUGAAUCAGAAGAAAAAUCUCAAAUUGUUAAAAAAGAAGAACCAGUCGAAAACAGUGAUGAUACAAUUGAUUAUAUCGCUAAAGAAAACAUGUUUGUAUGCGAAAUGGAUAUUGCUCCUGCAUUUUAUGGUGUUUUAAUUGGUAAAAAUGCUGAAGCUAAACAAAAACUAGAACAAGAUACAAAUACACAAAUAAUAUUUCCUCGUCGUGAUGAAUCUGGAACAGUUAAAAUUCGUGGUCGCAAUAAAGCAAAUGUUCAGUCAGCUCGUACUCGAAUUGAAAUAAUUAUUGAUAGAAAUCGCCAAAUACAACCAUUUACACAUUUUCUUUCUAUUCCAAUAUGUCAGUCAUCAUCUUCAUUGACAACGAAUUUCAAAAAAAACUAUGAAGAAUUUAAGAAAAAUGUUCUGGAAAAAUGUUCAAAUGAACGAGGAGUAACCACCGAAUUAUUUCAACAAGCCAGUAAAUUACAUUUAACAGUUGCAACACUUGUUCUAUUAUCAAAAUCUGAAAUUGAUUUUAUUAAAGAUACUUUACAAGAUUGUACAAAAAGUUUACUUCAACAAUUUAUGUCGACAGAUAAAGAACGCUUUAUAGUAAAGUUAAAAGGACUAGAAUUCAUGAAUGAUGAUCCAAGUUUUGUUGAUGUACUUUAUGCUAAAGUACAACUAGUUGAUGAAACAAAUAAGAAUCGUUUACAAGCGUUUCUUGAUAGUUUAAAUGAAGAAUUAUCCAGUACAGGUCUGAUGAAACAAAAAUUUGAACGUAUUAAACUGCAUGUUACAUUAAUGAAUUCAUUAUUACGUAAAGAUGAUACAGGAAUAUUAGAAGCACAAAAAACAGCACGUGGAAGAGUCAAAAAUCAAGAACGUGAAUCGUUUGAUGCCAAAAAUAUUAUGCGUUUAUUUGGUCAAUUUGAUUUUGGACAAAUUGAAUUGAGUGAUUUACAUUUAAGUAUAAUGCAUCAACCAGAUCGCCAAGCAGGUUAUUAUGGUUGUGAAACAAAAAUUUCAUUGAAACCAAUCAAUUAA